AUGCAUCAGCCCGACUCCCCGGCCUCGCGCAGCGGCACCCCGCGCCUGCGCAAGCGCGACUCGUCGGCGCCCUCCACCCCGCGCGCGCCCCCCUGCGGCCUCGGCGGCGUCGGGAGGCGGACCACGUUCCGGGAGGACGUCGGCCACGCAGCCGCCGAGACAUACCUCGUCACGCGCCUCACCUUCAUCCUCCUCCGCUCCCUCGGGGUAGGCUCUCGGUGGAUAUGUCAACUUCUUGCGCUCCUAAUAUAUACAGUUUUACUUAUGCCCGGCUUCAUAAGAGUUGGGUACUAUUAUUUUUUCUCAAGUCAGGUUCUUAGAAGCAUAGUGUAUGGAGACCAACCAAGAAAUAGGUUGGAUAUGUACAUACCCACUGAUCGUAGCAAACCCAAUCCAGUUGUGGUAUUUGUAACUGGUGGAGCUUGGAUCAUUGGUUACAAGGCGUGGGGUGCCCUUCUUGGAAGACGGUUAGCAGAGCGUGGAAUUAUAGUCGCUUGCGUUGAUUAUAGAAAUUUCCCCCAAGGAACAAUAAGUGACAUGGUCUGUGAUGCUUCUGAGGCAAUUUCAUUUAUUUGUGAUACUGCUGCUAGCUAUGGAGGAGAUCCUAAUCAGAUUUACUUGAUGGGUCAAUCAGCAGGAGCACAUAUCGCCGCAUGUGCUCUCUUGGAGCAAGCAGUUAAAGAAUCUCAAGGAGAAGAAAUUUAUUGGAGUGUUACUCAAAUAAAAUCAUAUUUUGGUUUAUCUGGAGGAUACAACAUGCAAAAUUUGGUUGAUCAUUUUCAUAAACGUGGUCUUUAUCGUUCAAUUUUUCUCAGCAUAAUGGAGGGAAGGAGAUCAUUGCCACAGUUCUCUCCGGAAAUUGUCGCUAAAAAAUUAACUCAUGGAGCCAUAGCUCUACUUCCUGAGAUUGUACUUUUUCAUGGAACAGGAGAUUACUCGAUACCAUCGUCUGCUAGUAAAAUAUUUGGGGAUGUCCUCAAAAAAGCUGGUGCAAAAGCUAAAGUACAAUUGUACAAAGGAAAAAGCCAUACUGAUGUAUUUGUACAGGAUCCACUUAGGGGUGGCAAAGACCCACUGGUUGAGGAUGUGGUUUCUAUAAUCCACGCCGACGAUGCAGUUGCACGCCAGAAGUAUGAUGAUUCGGCACCUAGCCCCGAGCGCCUGGUUUCUGAGUGGCGGAUAAUGUUGGCCCGGCAAAUUAGCCCUUUUUGA